AUGAACUCGUCCAUGGACGAGAUCAACCUGCUACGGCAGCACCAGCGACACCAGCAGCACCACCUGUCGGUGCGCGGCAUCGGUGAGGAGAUCGACCUCGAGAUCGACCAGUGUGAAGAUCCCACUUUCUCGGGCGCCGCACUCGAGGGCGUGACCUGCCAUCACCCUCAAGACCCCGUUGUCCCUGCCGAUGACCACAAGAGCUUCCUCAUCCCGUGCUCGCAGCCUGGCGCAGUGGACGGCCAACCGCAGCCCACGCCACCGCAAGCAGAGGAACGGGCAGGGAUGCUGAGGCUGUCGGCGCAUACCAAGAAGAAGAAGAAGAAGGUGGUCAAGAAAUGGCGGGAUGAGUGGGCGGACACAUACAAGUGGGCCUAUGUGGCCGUGCACGACAACACCAGCAGAAUCUUCUGCACCGUCUGCAAGGAGUAUGGCCGCAAGCAUCGCCGGAACCCCUAUGGGAACGAGGGGAGCAAGAACAUGCAGAUGAGUGCGCUAGAGGAGCACAACAAUAGCUUGCUGCAUAAGGAGGCGCUCCGACUGCAGUCAGCCUCCAAGGAGAAGGUGCAAACUCCUGAGAUAGAGAGGCCGGUUUAUGUCAAAGCUUUGUCGAAAACAGCAGCUUCAAUACUUGAAUCUCUCUUCAAGAAGGACCCUCAUGAAGCUGAAUUUAUACAGUCUAUACAGGAGGUGGUUCAUUCUAUAGAACCAGUUUUGGUGAAGAACUCACAAUAUGUUCAGAUAUUGGAGCGUUUAUUAGAACCUGAGAGAUGUUUUAUCUUCAGAGUGCCAUGGGUUGAUGACAGAGGUGAAGCUCAUGUCAAUCGAGGUUUCCGUGUGCAGUUCAGUCAGGCUUUAGGUCCAUGCAGAGGUGGUCUCCGUUUCCACCCGUCCAUGAACUUAAGUGUGGCAAAGUUUUUAGCUUUUGAGCAGACUCUGAAGAAUGCUCUGUCACUAUAUAAACUUGGAGGUGCUGCUGGAGGGAGCGAUUUUGAUCCAAAGGGUAAAAGUGAAAUUGAGGUAAUGCGCUUUUGUCAAAGUUUCAUGGAUGAGCUGUAUAGAUACUUGGGCCCUGAUCAGGAUUUUCCUGCUGAAGAUGUUGGUGUUGGUCCAAGGGAAAUGGGUUUCCUUUUUGGGCAGUACAGACGCCUUUCUGGUCAUUUUCAGGGAAAUUUUACAGGGCCUAAGAUCUUCUGGUCUGGUUCUAGUUUUAGAACAGAAGCUACUGGAUACGGGCUGGUAUUUUUUGCACGUGUUGUACUUGCUGAUAUGAAUAAGGAGCUCAAAGGAUUAAGAUGUGUGAUAAGUGGUUCAGGAAAGAUAGCAAUGCAUGUCUUGGAAAAGCUUCUGUCGUGUGAAGCUAUUCCUGUUACAGUCUCAGAUUCAGAAGGCUAUCUAUUUGAUGGAGACGGGUUUGAUUAUGUGAAAUAUACACUUAUAAGGAAUAUUAAGGCACAACAAAGGAGCCUCAAGGAAUACUUGAAAACAUUUCCACGUGCCAAAUAUAUCAAUGAUGCUAAGCCAUGGGGUGAGCAGUGUGAUAUUGCAUUCCCUUGUGCAUCACAAAAUGAAAUUGACCAGGGGGAGGCUCUUUCAAUAAUUAGCUCUGGUUGCCGUGUUCUUAUAGAAUGUUCAAACAUGCCAUGCACUGGUCAAGCAGUUGAUAUCCUAAGAAAGGCAAAAGUCCAUGUUGCUCCAGCAAAGGCAACUGCUGCUGGUGGGGUAGCAGUCGGUGAACUUGAACUGAAUCCAGAGUUCAGCUUAAUGCAGUGGUCAGUAGAGGAUUUCGAGAACAAAAUACAGGAAGCAGUAAAGCAAACAUAUGACAGGUCGAUGAAAGCUGCUCAAGAAUAUGGAAUCCUGAAAGAGAACCCAGAGUCUUUGGUGCAUGGUGCAAACAUAUCGGCCUUCCUGAACAUUGCACAAGCCAUGACUGAUCAAGGAUGUGUGUAG